CCCUGCAUCCAUCCAUGUUUUUGGUGUCGCCUAGCUUUCUACGACUCCGAUCCACCACCAGCAGAUCGCAGGUUGCACUACUAUAUAUAUAUAAACACCAGCUAGAUAGCAGAUCGAUGAGCAGGUCGAUCGUCUAAAGGCUAAUUAAAGUAGCUGCGGGCUCUUCUGUUAGUCUCAGCGCACGAGUGAGGGUACGGUGCAUAUUAUAUAUCUGAAAUUCUCAACUGACCACACAGUAUAGCCUACCAAAUUAAGACUGCUAGAGAGCGAUCGAGGAACCUGCUUGCAUUAUAUUGGGAAAUUAAGCUAGGCCGCGCCGCCCGGCUAGCUAGCACAGGGCAGGCUAAUUUUCAGAGUAGUAGAGGAGAUCGAGCGAGGAGUGGAGCUGAGGCACGUGGAUCGAACUAAUUAAGCAGCUAGCUAGCGGAUCGAAGAACAUAAUAAUUGAUUAAUUAGCCGAUCGACCGCGCAUGGAUCAGCAGGAGGAGUCUUGUGUUCCCCCAGGCUUCAGGUUCCACCCUACAGAGGAAGAGCUGGUGGGAUACUACCUUGCCAGGAAGGUGGCCUCCCAGAAGAUCGACCUCGACAUCAUCCAGGAGGUCGAUCUCUACAGGAUAGAGCCAUGGGAUCUGCAAGAGCGGUGCAGGCAGCACGCCGGCGGUGGGCACGACGAGCAGACGACGGAGUGGUACUUCUUCAGCUACAAGGACCGCAAGUACCCCAGCGGGACGAGGACCAACCGCGCCACGGCGGCCGGAUUCUGGAAGGCCACCGGCAGGGACAAGCCGGUGCUGUCGUCGUCGUGCACCAGGACCAGCAGGUGCGGCGGCGGCAGCAGGGUCGUCAUCGGCAUGAGGAAGACGCUGGUGUUUUACAAGGGCAGGGCCCCCAACGGCAGGAAGAGCGACUGGAUCAUGCACGAGUACCGACUCCAAUCCAACGAGCACGCACCCGCGCAGGAGGAAGGCUGGGUGGUGUGCCGCGCAUUCCAGAAGCCUAUCCCCAACCAGCAGAGGCCCUUCUUCCCCACCAGCUACGGCGCCGGUUACUACGACCACCACCUCUCAACGACGACGACCACUCGGCUGAACGUCGACGGCGACCGCCAUAUGCAUUUCCUGGGCUCAUCAUCAGCACUGCUACACCACCCUGCAGGCCUGCUCAGCAGCUUCCCGCCUUCUUCGUUAUACUCUGACGACGACUUGGAGUCCAAGAAACAUCUGUUCAGUAUGCCGCCGCUGGAGAGCCCCACUGCCGCCAUAGCCUGCUGUUCUGAUGGCGGCGGCGGCGGCUACGCUCCAGCUACUACGCAGAGAAGCAGCUACGAUGAACAUGAGCUGAUGAUCCAACAGGAAGGAGGAGAAGGAGAGCAAGCUGCAGCCGCUGCCGGCGCCAUCGACUGGAACUUUCUGGACAGCCUGCUGUCCGCGACGUCGCAACUCCAUGGGCCCUCGGGAUCCUUGUUGCAGUGACCUCCAUCGGUUUCAUCGUGUUUCCUCCAAUCGAUUGAUCGGCUGCUGCAGCAUGCAUCCCACACGUGGUGCACACCACUGUUGAUCCAAUGGAGAACAUUAUUCAUUCAUCGGGCGGCAUUAUAUAUAUUAUUGGUUCCAUAUUAAUUAUAUAUAGUAUGCUAAUAAUUCAGAUGCUCACACAUACACACUUCAGUGUACACCUUAUGUGUUGUUACACAUUAUACGUACAGAGAUCGACUGUUUCACUUACUCGACUCUUACUGGGUUGGGAGUGGGAGCUCAUCAUCAUUCAGUCAGUGUUGUUUAAUUUGUGGCUCUCUGGCCUUCUGCCUUAGAUUCAGGUAUACAAUAUGAUGCACAGUGUAGUAGUGAGCAGUGUACUAAUUAAUUCAGCAGGUAGAGCUACUAUGUAAAAAUACUCUUUAAUUUGUUCCCAGCUUAUACCUAUGUAACAUAUACAGCUAUUAUAUUACUGUAGUACUUAUACUUACUUACUGAUAUGAUAAUAACUGGACGCUUUAAUUUCA